AUGGAUCAUUGCAAGACGAUAUGUUGUGGACCUGGAUAUGCUAGCCCGAAAGAGGCCACGAAAGGGCCGAGAGAAAAGGUACUUUUCGUGACUUGCGCUCACACAAAUCCUGACGGUCACGACAUGUUCGUUGCUAUCGACGUUGAUCCGAACAGCAAGACUUUUUGUCAGAUCCUGUCUCGGGUGGUCUUUCCCAAUAAAGGUGAUGAAGUACACCAUAGCGGUUGGAACGCAUGCUCAUCUUGCUAUGACAAGCCUUCAGCGAAAAGGACACAUAUAGUGUUGCCAUGCCUGAAUUCCAGUCGUAUCUACAUUAUCAACGUUGAAAAUGAACGGGACAUUCGUUUGGAAAAGACCAUCGAACCUGCACAGCUGUUCAAAUACGGUGUCUCGUUCCCACACACUUCGCAUUGUCUUGCUGAUGGUAGCAUCAUGAUUAGCACACUUGGAGACGCACAUGGGAACCAUAAAGGGAAUUUCAUACUGCUCGAUGGCAGAACGUUUGAGCCGAAGGGAUGUUGGCUGGACGAGGCAAGGAGUGUUGCAUUCAACUACGACUUUUGGUACCAGCCACGGCGUGACGUGAUGAUCUCAACUGAGUGGGGCACCCCGAACAGCAUUAAACAGGGAUUUGUUCCGAGCGAUGUGGCGAAUGGUCUUUACGGUCGCUCUGUGCAUUUAUUCAAAUGGUCCACGCACGAAAAAUUGCAAACAAUUGAACUGCCGAUGGAAGAUGGCGCUACUCCUUUGGAAGUGAGGUUCAAACACGAGCCGAGCUCCCCGCACGCGUUCGUCGGCACUGCUCUGGGGUCGUCACUUUUUUUACUUAGCCCGAAAAUUGAGGGAUCCAGUACGUAUGAAGCUAAAUGUGUGGUGAAAAUCCCUUCAAAACAGGUAGAAGGCUGGCUUUUGCCCGAAAUGCCGUCGCUGAUCACCGACAUCCUAAUCUCCAUGGACGAUCGUUUCCUAUAUGUUUCGAAUUGGAUCCAUGGGGACAUACGACAGUAUGACAUUACAGAUCCGGAGAAUAUCCGGCUUAAUGGACAGAUUUUCCUCGGUGGAAGCAUCCAUGAGGAGAGCGGAGUCAAGGUUCUUGACGACGAAGAAUUGAAGAAACCACCCGCUGCCUGUUACGUGAAAGGCAGGCGUGUUGAAGGCGGCCCUCAAAUGCUUCAGCUCAGCCUGGACGGCAGACGACUCUACGUUACCACAUCGCUGUACAGGAAGUGGGACGAACAGUUCUAUCCGGGACUGGUCAGGACUGGAGCGUUGAUGCUACAUGUGGACGUUGAUAACAAUGGCGAGGACCUUUUCUUGGACACGAGAUGCGCUAUCCCGGAGGCGAUUGCACCUCCGACAUUUGGAUCUAAAUCGAUUAUUUCGUUGUGCGGAAAGGUUAAAUUCACCCAGCACAACGCCCCUACGGGGACGUCGACUGCAACUCAGUCUUCGUUUGAGGUUUAUGAAAUGGUCGCACCGCCUGAUGUGAAAAGAUGUACUGUAGCCUCUCUCAGUCGUUGCGAGGUUGGCAAAACACCAGACAAAAUCCAGCACGGCAAGGAUAUUUAUAAGUAUCUUUUCUCUCGCUAUCCGGAGAUUCGAAAUUACUACAAAGGAGCGGAAAAUUUCACCACUGAGGACGUACAAAACAGUGAAAGAUUUGAAAAACUAGGGACUAGUGUUCUGCUCUAUAUCCACCUUCUUGCCAACACCUACGACAAUGAGCAUGUGUUCCGUGCACUCUGUCGUGAAAUCAUGGACAAACAUAAGACCAGAGGAAUAGAGCCUACUUGGUGGAAGGCGUUCUUCGACAUGUUUCCAGCGUUUUUGGAAACUAAAGGAGCGGCCUUAUCGGACGAGGACAAAGAAGCAUGGAUUGUUCUGGGCGUCAGAUUCAACGACGAAUGCCAAGAGCACCUGACCCAUCUCGGGCUGCCCCAUUUGUGA